AUGGCCAGGCCAAUUGUUUUGGUAUUUGGAGAGAAAAAUACUCAUUUGAUGCCAGAAAAGAAGAGAGAGUGCAGAUUUUUGGAACUUACCAAAAGGCUGGAAAUGAUUCUUUGCCAGGUGGCUAAAGAAUUUGUACUGGGCAGAAGCUCCACCAAGUCCUUUUUUCUGGGUGGGGAUAUUGCUUUUCCAGUUGGAUUUGCUUGAGGUGCAGCUACAACGGUGUAUCAAAUUGAAAGAGGCUGGAAUGCAGAUGGAAAAGGCCUUAAUGUCUGGGACACAUUCACCCAUCAGGGAGGAGAUCGAGUUUUCAAGAACCAGACUGGUGAUGUAGCUUGUGGCAGCUACACUCUGUGGGAGGAAGGUUUGAAAUGUAUCAAACAGCUUGGAUUGACUCAUUAUCGCUUUUCUCUUUCCUGGUCACGUCUGUUACCUGAUGGGACGACAGGUUUCAUCAACCAGAAAGGAAUUAGUUACUACAAAUUCAUUAAUGACCUUCUGGCAAAUUGUGUCCUGUCUAUGGUCACACUGUAUGAGUUUGACUUACCUCAGCCCUUAAAAAAUGAAAAAGCAACUAAAAGGUACCUGUCCUUAGACUGGUUUAUAAGAACAAUAUUUAUGGAUAGUGAGUAUCCAGGUAUCAUGAAGUUCCAUAUUUCUGCAAUAAUUUCUAAUCAAAGUUACUUAUCAUUAAGGCUUCCAGAAUUUAUUAAAGAAGAAAGAAAAAUGAGCAUGAGCACUGAUAUGUAUAAUAACCCUAUAAUUUACAUCACUGAAAAUGGGUUUUCCCAAAGUGACCCUGCUCUACUUGAUGACUGUCAAUGAUGGCAGUAUUUGAGGCUGAUUUUACAGGAAAUUUUAAAAG